AUGGUGAGCGGCACUCACAGCAUGGUGAGCGGCACUCACAGCAUGGUGAGCGGCACUCACAGCAUGGUGAGCGGCACUCACAGCAUGGUGAGCGGCACUCACAGCAUGGUGAGCGGCACUCACAGCAUGGUGAGCGGCACUCACAGCAUGGUGAGCGGCACUCACAGCAUGGUGAGCGGCACUCACAGCAUGGUGAGCGGCACUCACAGCAUGGUGAGCGGCACUCACAGCAUGGUGAGCGGCACUCACAGCAUGGUGAGCGGCACUCACAGCAUGGUGAGCGGCACUCACAGCAUGGUGAGCGGCACUCACAGCAUGGUGAGCGGCACUCACAGCAUGGUGAGCGGCACUCACAGCAUGGUGAGCGGCACUCACAGCAUGGUGAGCGGCACUCACAGCAUGGUGAGCGGCACUCACAGCAUGGUGAGCGGCACUCACAGCAUGGUGAGCGGCACUCACAGCAUGGUGAGCGGCACUCACAGCAUGGUGAGCGGCACUCACAGCAUGGUGAGCGGCACUCACAGCAUGGUGAGCGGCACUCACAGCAUGGUGAGCGGCACUCACAGCAUGGUGAGCGGCACUCACAGCAUGGUGAGCGGCACUCACAGCAUGGUGAGCGGCACUCACAGCAUGGUGAGCGGCACUCACAGCAUGGUGAGCGGCACUCACAGCAUGGUGAGCGGCACUCACAGCAUGGUGAGCGGCACUCACAGCAUGGUGAGCGGCACUCACAGCAUGGUGAGCGGCACUCACAGCAUGGUGAGCGGCACUCACAGCAUGGUGAGCGGCACUCACAGCAUGGUGAGCGGCACUCACAGCAUGGUGAGCGGCACUCACAGCAUGGUGAGCGGCACUCACAGCAUGGUGAGCGGCACUCACAGCAUGGUGAGCGGCACUCACAGCAUGGUGAGCGGCACUCACAGCAUGGUGAGCGGCACUCACAGCAUGGUGAGCGGCACUCACAGCAUGGUGAGCGGCACUCACAGCAUGGUGAGCGGCACUCACAGCAUGGUGAGCGGCACUCACAGCAUGGUGAGCGGCACUCACAGCAUGGUGAGCGGCACUCACAGCAUGGUGAGCGGCACUCACAGCAUGGUGAGCGGCACUCACAGCAUGGUGAGCGGCACUCACAGCAUGGUGAGCGGCACUCACAGCAUGGUGAGCGGCACUCACAGCAUGGUGAGCGGCACUCACAGCAUGGUGAGCGGCACUCACAGCAUGGUGAGCGGCACUCACAGCAUGGUGAGCGGCACUCACAGCAUGGUGAGCGGAGCUUGGUGA